CGCCUGUCGGUCGUUCUAAAUUUUAGUAUUUUUUUUAUCUCACGAUUCUGCCUCCUUUCGAUAAAAAUAAAUUGUAAACCGAAAACUAUUCUGAAUUCGUCUCACAGCAUUUUUUUGAUAAGCCAUCAUGCAGAUCUUCGUGAAAACCCUCACGGGUAAAACCAUCACCCUCGAGGUAGAGGCCUCCGAUACCAUCGAGAAUGUCAAGGCCAAGAUCCAGGACAAGGAGGGAAUUCCGCCAGAUCAACAGCGACUCAUCUUCGCCGGCAAACAACUGGAGGAUGGACGCACUCUGUCCGAUUAUAAUAUCCAAAAAGAAUCGACCCUCCACCUGGUACUUCGUCUCCGAGGAGGUGUUAUUGAACCCACGUUGCGUAUCCUUGCACAAAAAUAUAACUGCGACAAAAUGAUCUGUCGCAAGUGCUAUGCUCGUCUUCAUCCACGAGCAACUAAUUGCCGUAAGAAGAAGUGUGGCCACACGAAUAAUAUCCGACCAAAAAAGAAGCUGAAGUAAACUAGACAGCAAAUACCAUUUUCUAUGUUAUGGAAAUGGAAAUAUAUGUUUCUUAUAUAUGACAUCAAUAAACUACAACUGGUAAACUG